AUGGCCAUGCAUUUACGAAUUAUGGAUCCGCAUUCGUCAUUGUUCAAUCGCAUUAUUAGUAUAAACAUCCUCUAAUAAUGCUACGAACGACAAAAAAAAAAAGAGAGAGAUAGAUCAUGAUCUGCGUUUGAGAAUUGAGCCCUAACGCGAAACGGUUAAGGGAGAGAGGCGGAGUUUCUGUUUCCGUGCAAUGGCUUCUUCCCCCGACGCUGCUCCGUCGCCGUCCGAUUCAUCUCCGCCGUCUCCUCCUUCCAACUCUUCCUCUCCGCCGUCUCCUUUCCCUCCCAAAGGCGGUUCCUCUCCGUCACCGGACUCCUCCCCUCCCGCUCCGCCACAAGCUCCGCCGCCGGCGAACUCCUCGUCCGGAAAUUCCCCUCCUUCCCCUCCUCAAGGCGGCGGCCGAGAUCGGAACGAUUCCCCACCUUCCCGCGGCUCUCCUCCUUCUCCCCCGGCUAGAUCUGGAGACACCGGAAGAUCUUCACCCUCCGGCGACAAUGGAGGUUCACGCUCUCCGGAAUCUCCCUCCUCCUCCGGCGGCAGCGGGGUAAAUGGGAAGAUCAUAGCAGGUGUAGUGGUUGGAGCCGGGAUUUUGAUGUUGGUGGUUCUAAUUGUCUGUCUUCGACGGAGAAAGAAGAGAAAAGACGAUUCUUUCUACGGUGAUUCCAUGAAAGGAAACCUGUAUCAGUAUAACUAUGGAAGAUCAGAAUACAACAACAAUGGCGGCUCAAAGAACUAUCAGAAUUGGCAACAACCCUCCCCUUACCAGCCUCCACCUGCUCCGCAAAUCCACACCAAUGGAGAAGACUCAUUGUAUUCCGGCCCGUCUCGACCGGUAUUACCCCCUCCUUCCCCAAACCUCGCCCUCGGCUUCAACAAGAGCACGUUUUCUUACCAAGAACUCGAGGCCGCGACUGGUGGAUUCGCGGAUUCUAAUCUUCUGGGGCAAGGCGGGUUUGGGUAUGUUCACAAGGGUGUUUUGCCCGACGGGAAAGAGAUUGCAGUCAAGAGUUUGAAAUCGGGAAGUGGACAAGGAGAGAGGGAGUUUCAGGCGGAGGUCGACAUCAUUAGCCGUGUUCAUCAUCGGUAUCUUGUUUCAUUGGUCGGAUACUGCAUUGCAGAUGGACAGAGGAUGUUGGUCUACGAGUUUGUCCCCAACAACACUUUGGAACAUCAUCUCCAUGGAAAGAAUCUUCCGGUCAUGGAUUUCUCCACGAGGAUGCGUAUUGCCAUGGGUUCUGCGAAAGGGCUCGCUUACCUUCAUGAAGACUGCCAUCCUCGGAUCAUUCACCGUGAUAUCAAAUCUGCCAACAUUCUUUUGGACUUCAACUUCGAUGCAAUGGUGGCUGAUUUCGGAUUGGCUAAGUUAACUUCUGAUAACAAUACUCAUGUAUCUACUCGUGUCAUGGGAACGUUCGGGUAUCUCGCCCCAGAGUAUGCAUCGAGCGGAAAACUGACCGAGAAAUCAGAUGUUUUCUCGUUCGGAGUCAUGUUGAUGGAACUCAUUACCGGGAAACGACCUGUCGAUAACUUCGGCACCAUGGAAGACAGCUUAGUAGACUGGGCUCGACCCGUCAUGGCUCGAGCACUCGAAGACGGAAACUUCGACGAACUAUCGGAUCCACGGCUCGAAGGCAGCUACAACAGGCAAGAGAUGGUCCGAAUGGUGACCUGCGCCGCCGCCAGUAUUCGCCAUUCUGCACGUAAACGCCCCAAGAUGAGCCAGAUAGUACGAGCAUUAGAAGGAGAAGUGUCACUAGAUGACUUGAGUGAAGGAGUGAAGCCAGGGCACAGCAACGUGUACGGAUCAGGGACGAGUUCUGAGUACAGUCAGACAGCUUACCAAGCCGACAUGAAGAAGUUCAGACAGAUGGCUCUGUCGAGCCAAGAGUUCAUGAACAGCGAUGGCUCGAGCCAUGACUCCGAGGAGAUGGGUCCCACUGGAAACCCUAAAAGCCCAAACAAAUAAUACACCCUUUUGUCAAAAUGUCAUUUUAAUGCAUGGUCUCUCUCGUGUUUGAUAAAUUCGAUUUGUACUUUUGAUUGGGUUUCUCAUUUUAGAUUUCCUUUCAAUUAUACAUCUUUUUUUUUGUCAAAUUUGAGGAAUACUAUAGAUCCGAGAAUCA